AUGGAUAUAACGCAGCUUGAUGGAGUCACACAGCCAGGGGAUAUCAUGUUUGGAGUUUUGCUGCCUCUCCAUCUUGACAAAGUCUACCAGAAAGUUGAUUACACUGAAAGGCCACCCGGAACCACCUGCACAAUGUUCCAUUUUGAGAAUUAUCAGCAAUUUCAAUCCAUACUGUUUGCAGUUGAAGAGAUUAAUAGCAAUCCCAGUAUCCUGUCGAAUCUAACCUUGGGAUUUCAAGCUUAUGAUUCCUGCGAUGUGCUUCACCAGGACUUACAGGGCACAUUAGAGUUACUGAGUGGAAGCCAAACAUCCAUCCCCAACUACCGCUGUAUUCUGGAGGUUCCUCUUAGUGCUGUGAUUGGACCGUCUGUUUCUACACAUUCCAUACUUGUGGCACAUAUUCUUGGCUUGUACAGAUUUCCUCAGAUCAGUCAUUUCUCUACCAGUCCCAUUUUGAGUGACCGGACUAAAUUCCCUUCCUUCUUCAGAACUGUUUCCAGUGACAUCUUCCAAUCUCAAGGUCUUGCUCAGUUGGUGUUGCAGUUUGGAUGGACAUGGGUGGGGUUAUUAGCAGUAGACAAUGACUACGGUCAACAAGGGAUUCAGCUGGUGAGACAGGCACUAGUCCGAGCCAAAGCAUGUGUGGCCUUUUCUGAGAAUAUUAUUACCAGCCAGCCCAACCACAACGCCCCACAUAUUGUUGACGUCAUUAAGAGUUCAACAGUUAAGGUUGUAGUUGCCUUCUCCCCACCUAUUGAUCUUCUUCCUAUCCUAGAUGAGAUGUUGAAACAGAACAUCACAGAGAAGAUGUUCGUUGCCAGUGAAGCCUGGUCGACUUCCAGUCUUUUCUCAAAGGGUCGAUUUUCUAGGCUUCUUAAUGGCACCAUUGGUUUGACUUUCUACAGCGGGACUAUUUUGGAGUUUGGAGAGUUUCUGAAUAACGUCCACCCGUCCAUGACCUUGGGGAGGCAAUGGGCAAAGUUGUUUUGGGAGGAGGCAUUCAACUGCAAAUUUAUUGAUGCAAACUUGACUGGGACUUUGGAGAAUUUGAGAAGUGCUUGCACAGGAAUGGAAGACCUGAGAAGCGUCAAGAACAGUUUUAAUGAUGUCUCUGCCUUAAGAGCGACCUACAAUGUCUACACAGCAGUACAUGUAAUUGCUAAAGCCUUGGAAGAUUUAAAAAGCUGCAAGGAUGGAGAAGGACCCUUUCCACUGAGCAAGUGUGCAGACAUUUUGGGUUUCAAACCAUGGCAGCUCCUGCACUACAUGAAGAAAGUGAGAGUGAAGCUAAGUCAUGGUAGGGAACUUUACUUCGACCAGAAUGGAGACCCGCCAGCAGUUUAUGACAUUGUGAACUGGCAGCUGAGCCCAGAAGGUGCAGUGCGGCAUGUGAAAAUUGGCAGUUACGACACAACUGCUUCUCGCGACCAAGUCUUUACUAUUAACACCAGCGCCAUGUUAUGGACCACUGAUAAUCAGCUGCCACCUACCUCAGUGUGCAGCGAGACCUGUCCUGCAGGAUUCCGGAGAGCAGCUAUAAAGGGACAACCUAUGUGCUGCUUUCAAUGCAUUCCCUGUCCUCUUGGGGAGAUCUCCAACCAUACAGAUUCCAUUGAUUGCAUUCAGUGUCCAUGGGACCAGUGGCCAAACUCAGAAAAGAACAAGUGCCUCCAGAAGACCAUAGAGUAUCUCUCUUAUGAAGAUGCCUUGGGAGCAACUUUGACCUCCACCUCUCUCCUUUCCUUUUCCGUUCCUGUGGUUAUUUUACAGUUUUACAUUAAGUUUAAAAUUACCCCCAUAGUGAAAGCAAAUAAUUAUUAUCUAAGUUGCCUUCUGCUUGUGUCGCUCUCUCUUUGCUUCCUUUGCUCGUUGUCUUUCAUUGGGUAUCCAGACUUCAAGAAAUGUCUUUUGCGCCAAAUUGCUUUUGGGUUGAUUUUUGCUCAGUGCAUCUCUUGCAUUUUGGCCAAAACUAUCAUGGUAGUUUUGGCUUUCAUAGCCACCAAACCUGGUAGCAAUCUCAGGAAAUGGACCAAACCCACAAUAUCCUAUGUCAUUGUUUUGUCAUGUACUUGUUUACAGUUGCUCUUGUGCCUCACUUGGUUAUGCCUGUCUCCUCCAUACUCCCAGUACAAUAUUCAUGUCAAGCCUGGUGUGAUCAUUGUUGAGUGCAAUGAAGGCUCAGAUGUUGCCUUCUGGGCUAUGUUGGGUUACCUGUUUCUCCUGGCCACCAUUAGUUUCAUCGUUGCCUUCCUGGCACGAAGGCUUCCUGACAGCUUCAAUGAGGCCCAGUUUAUUACAUUCAGCAUGGUGGCCUUUCUCAGUGUCUGGAUAUCUUUCAUCCCAGCAUACCAGAGUGCACAAGGAAAGUACAUUGUGGCCAUGGAGAUCUUUGCCAUCUUGGCCUCCAGUUGGGCUCUUGUGAUCUUUAUGUUUCUACCUAAAUGUUUAAUCAUUUGGUUUAAGCCUGACAGGAACACAAGGGCAUAUCUCAUGAGAAAAUGUUAA